AUGCCAGACCAGAACAAGAACCAGAAGACCUACAAGCAGCAGGCGUCCGAGUACUACAACCGGCAGUACGAGAGCUGGAUGCCAUGGGUUGAAGACCAGUAUCUGAAAUGGUUCACGAAAGACAACAAAACGUCGUAUGCCACCAAGCAACAACUCGAGAAGACGAAGGUCACCGGCGUAGAUCAAGUCGAUAACCUCCAAGACGGCGUCAACAACCUCGUCAGCGGCCAAGUAGGCAAGGGCGGGCUCGCUCAGCCCAUCGGCGACCUGGCUUCGAAGGAGGGCGUCAACCGCGCCGAGCGAGGCGGCAAGGACGAGCAGGGACGACCGGUCGAGAGCCAAGGCCCACUUGGCGGGUACGGACAGGGCGCAGUCGAUGGCGUGAAGGGCGCCGGCAGCGGCGUGGCUGGCGGUGCGAAGAAUGCCGGCGGUUGGGUUGGAGGGCUUUGGGGUGGGAAGAAGGGCGAGGAGCCCGGUGACAAGAAAUAG